CUGUAGCCCCUUUGUGAUUUAAAAUGAAUUGUUUACAUUGUGAAAUUUCUAACGAACUUGAGAUAUAAAUGUAUCUCUAAAAUUUGCAGAAAUACGCAUUUCAUUCUGCUUGAUAAAAAAAAAUUUUGUGAAAAGUGUAUAUAUUGAGAAAUUGAACUAACAUCCGUUCGCUUAAAACAUCUAAACAAGAAAGCAGAUAUGAAAGAAGGUCACAACGCAUCUAACAUAACAAAUGAUGAUUAUAUUCAUGAAAAUGGAGAGGCUGCUAAUACAGUGGAAUCUCCAGCAAAGCAGAAAUUACGUGGAUGGCUAAAUCGAAACUUAAGAAUAAAAAUGACAGAUGGCCGUGUUCUGAUAGGUGCAUUCUUAUGUACUGACCGUGAUGCCAAUGUGAUUUUAGGAUCAUGUUCAGAAUUUUUGUCCGAGGAUCAUACAGAAGCAAGAACUCUAGGUUUAGUAAUGAUACCCGGUAGACAUAUUGUAACCAUACAUCUUGAUGCUUGAGCAAUUAUGUUUGCUUCAUUUGAAAUUAACUAUACAGAAUUUAUUGUCCUUCAUUUUUUUUAAAUUAUAUAGAUUCUUAUUACAUCUGUAUUUCUAGAAAUAUAUAUUCCAUGAUGCAAUUAAGCUUAAAACAAUUAAUGAUAUGUGCAUGUAAUUUAUUUUCAACAUGUUCCUACUUACUGUACAAAAACUUAAACAUAAUUUUUAAACUGUAAACCAAAAAUCAAAUUAAGUAGGCUCAUUUGAUUUUUCGUCUGCAGAUUCGUUACUUGUUACUUUAUUGGCUGUAAGAGAAUAUAAUAAAAUUAAAAGGAAUCAGUUUGUUUAA